CCGCAGUACACAGUACAGUCUGAGAGUCGCAGUCGGCGGGGGCACUAGUGGGAGUACCCAGUAGCUCCGAGCUGCCUGCUUGGUAGCGUGGACUUGACACGCUCACUCGGGACCGCGUCAUACUUUCAAGCCUUUCAAAAGUUACGCCAAGUCCAAGGCAGUUCGAGCGACAACGCGUCGCUGCGCCACUCGGAGGUAAACGCCCGACUGACGUAAAACUCGCCACUCGCGAGGCUCAACGACACUCUUCCUCCGGGGCUAGCGGACAGACGUGUGCGCGGUGAGGCUAGCUCGCUAGCCUGCUAGCUGGCUCAAACCCACUCGGGCUAGGCGGCUAACGGUUAGCAUCGACUUGAGCUAGGUGGCUAACGGGAGCGACUCGGCCUGGAGCCACUCGGGCUAGCUGGCUAGCGAGAUCCAAGACACUUCCCACCCCCCUUGAAAAAGUUGUUUACCUCGACUUGUGGAUGUGGACACCCCACCGGAUUUUUGUCCGCUUUUCUCUGGGAUAGGAACGCAAGGACCAAAAGUUCCCCCUGGAUUUAAGCGCGGCGGUUUUUGCGAAACGAGCAGGAUCAUGUCAACCGAGCUGGAAAGCGGUCACUUGGACUCCAGUUUGACAGCACUACCGCCCGCGGCGGCGAGCUCUCGCGGAGCCGAGCAGGAGAAGCCGAACCUCCACAACAACAAUCCCUCGGAGGCUGAGCGGGCCGCCGAGGUAAACGCGGAGGAGCGACGAGCGGAGCCAGGCGACUGCGAGCCGAGCCUCGACGACGACGCGGUGGCCAAGAAAGUCGUCGAGGCUCCGCCGCCCAAAGUCAACGCGUGGACCCGCAGGACAACGAGCAGGGUGCCGCUCCACAGCGUCCACUCGUCGGCCUCACAAGACAGAGAUCAGCAAAACGCUCUGAAGGUCGUCCGUGCCAGCAAACCCAGAACCCGAAAAUCCAGCAAGUCGGGAGACUUUGGCGACAUCACAAACUGGCCGACGCCCGGUGAACUGGCCAAAGAGCGGCAACAGAAUGUGGUAAACAGCAGCAGUGGCGGUGGCAGCAACGCAAACAAGAAGCCGCCGUCCUCCCGCCGGGACAAGGACAAGAAGCGGGAACGACCCGAGCGCAAGUCCGAGAGCAGCCACGACGGUGGGGGAGGCGAGAGCAAAGAGAACCGUGAGACGCAACCUCGGGCGGAGCCGCCAGCCGUUGACGGAGACGCCAAGCAGGGACGGGUCGUCAAGCCGGGCAGCCCCAAGAAGAGAGGAGGUAACAAACGCAAGUGGGUCUCCCUUCCGCUAGAGGACGCCACCCGGGAAGGAAGCAGCGACGGCGGCCCCGCUGGGACGCCUAGCGGUAGCGGUCCCGCUGGGACGCUCGGCGGCAGGGGCCCCGCUGGUGGCAGCGGGACGCCCGCUGGUGGCAGCGGGACGCCCGGUGGUGGUAGUGGGACGCCCGGUGGUGGCAGCGGGACGCCCGGUGGUGGCAACAGGAUGCCCGGCGGCGGCACCGCGCACUCUGACGCGGAGCCUGGCAGCACCUCACCCGAUCCAACGUCACCCAGCCACGCAUUGCAGAGCAGUAACAACAACAACCGGCCGCAGGACACCGGCAGGACUUGGAGGAGGGAGACGCGCGACUUGGCAGAGAGCGAUGGCGGCUCCCGCGGGGGCGUCCGAGGCCGGGGCAAAGGACGCGGACGUGGCAGGGGUCGUGGUAGAGGUCGCUUUGAGUACUCGCAGGGCUACCGCGAGGGAACGGACGGCACCGCCUCGGAGUUCAGCGGUGGCGGGAUGGUUUACUACUACGACGACGGGAACAAAGUGCAGAUGUAUACGGUGGACGAGAAGCUUCUCAAGGAGUACAUCAAACGACAAAUCGAGUACUACUUCAGCUUCCACAAUCUGGAGCGAGACUUCUUCCUAAGGAGGAAGAUGGACACGCAGGGCUUCCUGCCCAUCUCGCUCAUCGCCAGCUUCCACCGCGUGCAAGCGCUCACCACCGACGUGGGCCUCAUCGUAGAGGCCCUGAAAAGCAGCAAAGAGGUGGAGGUGGUGGACGACCGGGUCCGAUGCAAAGCGGAGCCCGAGCGCUGGCCCAUCCCUGCACCGCCCGUCGUGGGCUCGCCCCGCACCGACUUCUCGCAGCUCGUUCACUGUCCCGAGUUUGUUCCACGGCAGAGCGUCGCCAACGCUGUUUCAUUGAACACGAAAGAGGCUGCCACUGAACCGACUGCGUCUCAAGACCGCGCAGAUGAGCCCCAACCUGCCAGCCAGGAAACGACGCCCUCUAGCGAUGCCCCUGCCGACGCCCCUGCCGACGCCUGGAUCCAAGUGGAGAAACGUCACCGACACGCCUCUGGCAAAGCAAAGGAGCGUGGUGAGGCUCUGCCCCCUCUGCAGCAGCGCGCUGCCCCGGAGGCCGAGCAGGAGGAGCUGGACUUCAUGUUUGAUGAAGAGAUGGAACAGAUGGCGCCGCGCAAGAACCAGUUCACCGACUGGUCGGAAGACGACGACUCGGACUACGAGCUGGAUGACCAGGAUGUGGACAAGAUUCUGAUUGUCACGCAGACGCCGCCGUACCUGCGAAAGCACCCCAGCGGCGACCGCACCGGCAACCACGAGUCUCGCGCCAAGCUUACAGCCGACCUGGUCAAGGCCAUCAAUGACGGUCUUUACUACUACGAGCAGGACCUGUGGAAGGGAGCCGAGCAGGCCGACUGCACCAAGCAGGAAGUGGAGAACUUCAAGAAGCUGAGCGUCAUCAGCCAGGAUGAGUUUGACACGCUCACACCCAAAGUGGCCGUGGACCCCGAUCAGGAAGCGCCGGCCCCGCCCACCGCCGGGCCUGCCGAGACGGAAAUGGCUCGCUCCUUGCCCAAAACGGUGCCAGAGUCACCCGGCACCCACCAAGCCCGAACCCCGAGAACGCCGCGCACUCCCGGGCGCCAGGACCCGACGAAGGCGCCCCGCUUUUACCCGGUGAUGAAGGAGAGCGGCGCCGUGGAUGGACAGAUGCCCAGGAAGAAGAAGACCCGGCACAGUUCCAACCCGCCGCAGGAGGCACACAUUGGCUGGGUCAUGGACUCGCGUGAGCAUCGCCCGCGAUCUGCCUCCAUCAGCAGCUCCAACGCUUCGCCCUCGGAAGGGGCUCCGCCCAUGGGCGGCUACGGGUGCACACCCCAGUCGCUGCCCAAGUUCUGGCAUCCGUCGCAUGAGCUACUACGGGACAACGGCUUCACGCAGCAGGGCUACCACAAGUACAGACGACGAUGCCUGAAUGAGCGUAAGAGGCUGGGCGUCGGCCAGUCCCAAGAGAUGAACACCCUCUUUCGGUUCUGGUCCUUCUUCCUGAGGGACAACUUCAACAGGAAGAUGUACGAGGAGUUCAAACAGUACUCGCUGGAGGACGCCAAGGACAAUUACAGGUACGGCUUGGAAUGCCUCUUCCGUUACUACAGCUACGGCCUGGAGAAGAGGUUCCGCUUGGACCUGUUCAAGGACUUCCAGGAAGAGACCCUGAGGGACUUCGAGAGAGGUCAGCUGUACGGAUUGGAGAAGUUCUGGGCCUUCCUGAAGUACUCCAAGAUGAAGAAUCAGACUAUCGACCCAAAGCUUCAAGAGCACCUCUCACAGUUCAAGAACCUGGAAGACUUCAGGGUGGUGCAGCCACCCAUGGGAGAGGAAGGAGGCCGGAGGAGAUGCCAUUCGUCAUCGGCAGGGGACGACGGCCGGCGUCGCCGUCACCCCUCCAACUCUACCUCAAAACCGGUGCAGGCAUCCUCCAAAGCGCCACCCACGCACUAUAAAGACGGAGGAGCCCAGAAGAAGGUGAACGAGCCCAAAGCAAGGAAGGACACGGAAUGAAGAUGCCAAGUGUUGACCUGACGUGUUGUUUGCGGCAUUUCACUUCAGAGACGCCGUCGUGAUUGUCUACGCAAACGUUUACAACACCAGAUGCAUUCCGUGCAUUUUGAGCCCUCACUUUUGCCAAACUCGAUGGAUCAUCACUUGAUCUGUAAACUGCCAAGGUGGCUCCCCUCCUGUGCCUUAAUCCGUUCCGCCCCGUCUUAAAUGUACUUUUCUUUUCAUCCAUAAGAUCAAAAGGAAAAAAAGUUUUAAUUUUGACAAUCAAGUCAACACUUUUAAUUAAAGUGCGUUUUAUGCCACACACAUGCUUUAAAAAGUCCAUUGUUGACAUAAUUUAUUCUUUUAUUUCUGUUGGUUAUCGACUUGAUUGAUGGUGUUGUCAUGGCUUUUUGCUUAAUUAAUUUCUGCUGGAAUCAUGGGUUUGAGCUUGCCACGUAAAGAAAACCUAAAGUGUUUUUACGUUAUUUGUUCAAAGUUUGCUUGAUAUUACGCUUGAGGCUUUUUGGUGCUUUUAGAGCACUUAAAUUGCUUUUUUUAAAUUUUUCAUUAUUGCUUCAAUAGACUUAAAAUGGAGGUUUUAGAGCUGAAUGACAAGAAAAAAAAUGUAAUUACUAUAAAAAAUCUUUGGCUAUUCAGUUUUUAUUUUUGGAAGUGAUUGAUUGGUAGCGUUUUUGGAGUGUGUUUUGGGGGGAAUAAGUAAUGCAUGUUAAUAACUUGUACUGUAAAAAUGCCCAAAAAAAUAUUAAAUAAUUGAUUGUAUGAAUGUA